AAGUGAAUUUUUUCGCCGCGCCUCCUCAUCCACACACACAACUUGUAACCAUGAUCAUUUCCGAGAAAAAUCGUAGAGAGAUCUCCAAAUACCUCUUCCAAGAGGGAGUUUGUUAUGCAAAGAAGGAUUACAAUCUUGCAAAGCAUCCAGAUAUUGAUGUACCAAAUCUGCAAGUGAUUAAGCUCAUGCAGAGCUUCAAAUCAAGGGAAUAUGUCAGGGAAACUUUUGCUUGGAUGCACUAUUACUGGUUUCUUACCAAUGAUGGAAUUGAGUUCCUUAGGACUUACCUCAAUCUUCCAUCUGAGAUUGUGCCAGCUACUUUGAAGAAACAGGCUAAGCCAGUUUUUGCAAGGCCAUUCGGCGGUGAUCGCCCUAGGGGUCCACCUAGAUUCGAGGGACAAAGGAGAUUUGGUGGUGACCAUGAUGGUUAUCGUGGAGGUCCUAGAGGACCUGGUGGUGAGUUUGGUGGAGAAAAGGGUGGAGCUCCAGCCGACUAUAGACCUUCUUUCGGGGUAAUCUUAUUCAAUGUAGUCAGGUUCGAGAUCCUACGUAGGAUCGGUAGGCUGGUUGAGAAUCGUAAGAUCGGGAUCGUAGCUCGAUUCGUAAGAUCCUACUCAAGGGUAAAAUUGUAACUUCACGUAUAUACAUAUAGACAUAAACA